AUUUAGAGCGCUGUCAUGCGCACUGAGGAGUCUUUGGUAAAACCUCUAAUCCAGUACAAUUUCCUGAGCUGCCUUCAUAGCUUUGUCUGUCACAACACGGGUGUCAUUAGCAGGAAGGCAAAUAUCCUACAAGUGCAGCAAGCCAUGUCCACAACAAAUGCAGUGACAGAAACCGAACUCCAUAUCCGUCAAAGCCAGGAGCCCACAGAAGGAGACCAAGAAGUAAGGAACGUGCUUCCUGAUGGGGAAGAGAGAAGUAAUGCAAAUAACGUAGACGAAGUUGUCAAACCUGAGGAGACAACAGAAAAGAGCAGCCAAGAAACAGGGGAAGCCACAGGGAUAGAUUCCGCUUGGCCCGAAAAAGAAAGUACACCUGUUGAGAAUAUUGCUCCAGAAAACAACACAACAAACUCGGAGACUGAAGCUUCCGAAGGAAAAGAUAACGGAACAGAGAAUGAAGGACCAGAUAAGGGAAUCGAUGAGAGACCAGAGCCAGAAAACUCACCUGAACCAGAAACAACACCUGUCGGGAUUAGCCAAGAGGAACCUUUUACCGGCGAAAAUGGAGAAGAAAAUACUCCAAGUUCUGCAGAAACAAGGCAGGUAGACCCUAAGGAGGACGAUGGGGAUAACUUUAAAGCAAUCUCUUCAGCCAGUAGCAGCGACAGCAGCGACAGUGAAUACGAGGAAGGGGAAGAUGAAGAGGGCAAAGCAAACUAUGAGAUGGAACCUGAAAGGGAGAAAGAAAGCGACAAAAACUCAUCUGAGACCGACCUGGCGUGUGGUGACGGUGUUAAAGAAACAGGAGAAGCGACAGGUGCGGUAACUGAGGCAGAAGAAGGCGAUAACGUUGGAAGGAAUGGAGAGGCUGAAGACAAUGCCACCGGCUCUGCAGGUGCAAAAGAAACAGGAGAAGUGACAGAUGCGGUGACUGAGGGAGAAGAGGGAGACAGAGUCGGAAGGAAUGGAGAGGCUGAGGACAAUGCCACCGGCGUUGCAGGUGCAAAAGAAAUAGGAGCAGUGACAGAUGCGGUGACUGAGGGAGAAGAGGGAGACAGAGUCGGAAGGAAUGGAGAGGCUGAAGACAAUGCUACCGGCACUGGAGGGGUACACCCUGGCGCUGCAGGAGAGGAGGACCCAAUAGGUGCAGUAGAAGGCGCAGAUGAUGAAGGGGUUAAAGAGAAUGGCCUGGACACUAGUGCUGCACUGGUGUUAGAAGAUGCUGCGAUAGAAGUACAGGAGUUUGAUAUCUCCCUUUACGUUAAGGCUGGAAGUGAUGGAGAAAGCAUAGGGAACUGCCCAUUUUCUCAACGACUCUUCAUGCUUCUUUGGCUAAAAGGUGUCAUAUUUAACGUUACAACAGUUGACCUUAAAAGGAAGCCUGCAGAUUUGCAAAAUCUAGCACCGGGUACAAACCCUCCUUUCAUAACAUUUGAUGGAGAGGUCAAAACUGAUGUCAACAAGAUUGAAGAAUUUCUAGAAGAAAGACUUGCACCUCCAAGGUACCCUAAGCUUGCACCUAAAUAUCCAGAAUCUUAUACUGCUGGCAGUGAUGUGUUUUCCAAAUUCUCUGCAUACAUAAAGAACACAAGGCAAGAUACAAAUGAAGUUUUGGAAAAGGCGCUAAUAAAGGCUUUAAAGAAAGUGGAUGGCUACCUAAAUACUCCCUUGCCAGAUGAGAUUGAUGAAAACAGCACAGAAGAUAUCAUAGUUUCCAGCAGAAAAUUCCUGGAUGGGGAUGAACUCACCCUGGCAGAUUGUAGCCUUUUACCAAAACUCCACAUAAUUAAGGUUGUGGCAAAGAAGUAUCGGAAUUUUGAAAUCCCAGCUGAAAUGACUGCAGUUUGGAGAUAUCUGAACAAUGCAUAUGCCAGAGAUGAGUUUACAAACACUUGCCCUGCUGAUCGGGAAAUUGAGUUUGCAUAUUUAGAUGUUGCCAAAAGAAUUAAAUAAUGCUUUGAGUUUUCAGAAAGUGUUCGUGUUCAGAAAAUGGCUAAAAAAUUGGAUUUAGCUACAUUUUUUCAACUAAAACAGACCUUGAUGUUUUUUUUUUUCAGAAUAACUUUGGAGACGCAUCAUUUUUGCUAUUAGAAUUUUCAUUAUAUAAAGUAAUUUACAUAAAUGACACAUUAUCUGUUUUGUUUAACAAGUAAAUUAACACUUACAAGUAGCUUUAUUUACAAAACUAGCCAAAAUGAAUUUGUUAAAUAAAGUAUGUAUUUUAUCAUUGCUCAGCUAUGGAAAAAUGUAUGAUAGUUUGCAAAAUGAGGAAGCCAGAGUUGCCUAACAUUACAGACUGAUUUUCAAAUAAUUUAAGAAUGCACUUCAUAUACUAGUGAUCAGAAAAUAUAUUUUACAAAAUCAGUUGAUCUUUUUCAGAUGAAAAUCUAUUGCUGUUAUUUUUACACAGUAUCUUAAUGAAACUAUGAAAGCCUUUCUAUGAACACUGUUUUAUACCUAAACUCAUUUAACUUAAUAUAUGUAGAAACCAUUAAAGCUGGAACAAUGUC